AGUGCUGAACCUGGACACUACAACCGAUUACUUGAAAGUAAUUUCAAAAUAUUAAAACUAGGUAUAGAGGAAUUUAAUUAAAUCAACAAUAACAUUACAUUAGUGAUUAGAAAUAGCACCGAUUAAAAACUAAAUAAAGUUGCGUCUCAGAUUCACAUCUGACUUCACGUUAUAUCAGCCAAAUUACUGCUUUAUUUUGUCUCAAGAUCUUUUUAAUAAUUUUAAAAUAAUUUUAAUAAUCAAAAUCGCAUUGAGCCAUAAUCAUUGCAUUGAUUUUGAUCAUUGCGAUUGUGAGUUAGUUAACACUUAACACUAAUACUAAACUAGUACUAGUGACUGAUACUGGACUAAAGUCACUAAUUAAGUAGUGUUAAGUGUGGUAAAUUUAAUAAUUAAUACUAUGAUUUAGUAUGAUGAUCAAUGUCUUAGAACUUAGAAUAAAUAGAUUAUAGAUAGUAUUAGUAUAGUAUAGAUAGUAUGUAUUAAAUAUUAAUUAUAAAUAAUAAUUAUUGUAAUUUAUAUCUUAUUAUUAUUACUUAGUGAUUACUGACAAAAUUACUGCCACUGUGUAGUCAGUGUAGUGUACUUGAGGCCUACUGUAAAAUUAGUCACUGUUAUUAAGUGUUAUAAAGUUAUACUAAAGACUAAACUAUUAUUAUUAUUAUACAUGGCUUACAUGGUUUUAUAUAGCGUGGUACCCCAGCCUAGGGCUGGGCUCACCACGGUGUACAUACAAUUUAACAAACAUAAUAAAAAAUCUGAAAUAAUUAAUUGACAUACAUUAAUUAAAUACAAAAAACAAAUGUAUAUAUAAAACUAUUUACAUCUCAAGCCAUGGACGACACUCAGUACCAUCGUUUUACGGUCAGAGGUGGGAAUCAUUCAGGAUAGUAGAGAUUAAAUAGAUGUGUUUUGAGUGCAGUUUUGAAGGUUGUGUUGGUCGGUAUAUUGUGUAAUGUGUAAUGGAAGAGAAUUCCAUUGUUUGGGUGCACAGAAAGAGAACGAUCGUUCACCAUAUGUUUUUGUGCGAGUCUUGGGGACAGAAAGACGCGCCUGCUGUCGAAAGGGUGAAUAGUCUAUACUCCACUGAAAAGUCCUUUUUAGGAAAGUCAUACAAUAAAUAUGUAAAAAAAUUUAUUAUAAACUGACAUGAUGGUUAUUAUUAUAAAUAACAAUUCCUGCUGAUUAUUGCAAUAUUGAAUUUUUUAAACAGUGAUUAAAAUAGGCAUAACAAAUUUAAAUGUUUAAGUUUAAGGCUAGACUUAUUAAUUAUUAAUUUAAAAAGUCUUAAGUCACUUAAGUCUUUAGAAUGAGCAAAUAUUGUUUGGGGUUGGGAAAUAAUCUGGCUCCACAUUAUUUCAGUUCAGUGGACCAGAAAUGCUUAUUUUUCAAACUGUAAACAAAAAUUAAAUAAAUAUUUCAAUAAUAAUAUUAUGUAUUUAAGGUCAAAUCAAAAGUAUUUAAAAAAAGUAAAAAAACUUGAACCGUCUUCAGGCCAAUGCUGACGAAAACCUUCACCUGCCACUUUGAUUUGGGGAAAGGGAGGGGGGGGGGGGGGGGGGGAAAAAAAAAAGGGGGGGGGGGGGGGGGGGGUGAGCGGAAGAAAUCAAAGGGGACAUGAGACAGAAACUGGAUACAAUUUAAAUAAAGUUUAACACCCAUUCUUCAUCUUCUUCAUAGCCUUUAUCAUUCCCAGUAGAGCAUAGGCCAGCCACAGUACUUUUCCAUCUGUCCCUGUCCGGGCUAUCUUUGCUAGUUCAGCCCAACUUUUCUUCAUUCUCUUCACCUCUGCCUCUUAAAAAAAAAGAAAAAUGCAAUGGCAAUGAUAUACUAAGGAAGAUAAAGUGUAAAUAUGAUGGAGAUUUUUUUACUAAGUCUUAUUCGAGAUUGUCCUGGAAGAUCAUGUCAAAAGGUUCUUCAUUUGUGUAGAAUAAUAUUUCAAACUUUCUAAUAAAUCUGUGGUUUUCUUGUAGCAUGAUUUUCUUUAAAUCAUUAAAUUAUGCUUCAUGACUUCAUGCUUUAAAAUGGCCUUUCAAUACUGUUCUCUUAAAAACUAGUGCUGAUGAGGCAACGCAGAUGCUAUUUUUGGAAACCUAGAAACAAGUCUAACAUUUAAGGCACUAAAUUUCAUUUUGGCCAGUGUAAUGAAUAGUAUGCUUCAUUUGAUUGGAUCAUUGAUUUUUAUCCCAAUUCAAUUUUUUUACAGAUGGCACUAAACCCUAAAAAUAUUAAAGUACAUGCUAUGUUAUUUUUAAAUGUUAUAAUAGGAUACAGGUAUUUUAAAAUGUAAAAUUGAUGCCACAUUGAUGUUGUAUUAUAAUAUUCUGAGAUAAAAUUGGAUGGCUAAUGUGGAGAGAUAGUACCGCGGACGCCAUCUUAGUUGUCAUUUGUGAGUUUAUUAAAGUUGCCGUGAAUUAGGGUUCAGGUUAAGUUUAGGGAUACAUUUUAUUUAGGGUUCAGGUUAGGUUUAGGGAUACAUUUAGGACAUAAGUUUGUGCGUCGCGACAACCAAGAUAGCGGCCGUGGUACUAUCUCUCCAAAUUUACCAUUUGGAUUAAAUCCUGAAUGAUAAAAGAAAAAAAAUCUCAUUAUUUUUUCCAGCUAUUCUACACACCACACAGUGUUUAAAGAUUUAUACUGAUGGUAGAGAUAAGUAAAAAAUAUGUUUGUAAGUUGUGCUUUAUCAAGACCAUUAUCAAUGGGUCAUAAAAUAUUUUUGGCUGGUACACAAUCACAUUGAAACUCAACAUUGCUGCAAAAGAUAAAUGUCAGCUGAUUUAUUGGAAGAUGACCAGCAUGUAUCAGACAUUGGACUAACCGUUACUGUGGUAAGUCAAACUUACUUUUGGACCUAUAUUAACCCUAAACACAACUUAAGUUAUUGAAUACAAGACUUUGUUCCAAUAGCUCCAAAUAUUUAAAAAAAUUAGACUUCAAACAUUUAUUUUCAGUCUUUUAAAGAUGACAAUGAUAUUGUGGACAGCCAAGAGACAGACACGUCUGAAACAAGACAUAUAUUUACACAAGAUGGUCAAGAAGCUUCUAAAUGUGAUCAAGAUUUGAUUGAGGAUGUUGAAAAUUCCAGUGAAGACGAAGAUGAGGCGGGUACAACUCAGGAGGAAGAUGAUGAUGAAAGUGUCUCAGAAGAUGCUCAUUCACCAGAGGCUUCAAGUCCUCCAAAGAUAAUAAGGAGAGAAAAACCAAAGGUGCGGUGUAUUUAAAUAUAUAUAUUAUAUUCUUGAUUGGACCAGUUGUGUAUCAGGUUUAAAUUUAUCCACAGUAAUGUUUGCUUAUGCUUGAGAAAUAUUAUGCUGGUGACAUGACCAGGCUCUGAACAUAUUAUUGUUAUCAGCCAAAUGCUACAAUUAUUGGUGAUAUGUGGAUAUUAUAAUGAAUGCUCGGUCAAGAUCAGUUGUUGGGACAUAGGCACCCCUGAUAAUUUUCAUCCACAUUAUUUUAUUGUGAAGUGGGGCAUUAAAGCUGUCUGUACUUUUUUCUGUCUCUGUCACUGACAGGACUUCUGUCCCAUAUGUCACUCACUAUUUAAGACACAAUAAGAGAUGGAAGAUAUAUGUUUGAAUAAGAUCAACAUAUUCUUUAAUUUGUUAGAUGAUCCUAUUUUAUUCUCACCAAAACAAAAUGUCCAUUAGUUCAAUAAGCAUUGCUAUAAAAAUAUAUAUAUACAUAAUUUCAUGACUUAUAAGCAAAAUUAUGCAGGUUUCCAAUGGUUAUAGAAAUGUGCAUUUCAUCAUUUAAGUUUUAACACUUAUUAAGACUCUUCAAUAUAAUCAAACUCUUUAAUAAUCAAACUACAUCUAUGAAUUUAAACAAAUAUUUCGGAAGUUCUUUUUCAUUGUUUAUCUCUUACAGUUUUAUUGACUUACAUUUGAAAUUUUUGAAUAUACUAUUUUAUGAAACAAGUACUCUCUAAGGCAAAAUAAAAAAGGAUAAGAGAAGCUGGAAAAGACUUUUUCUCUUCUCCGCAGGAAAAAAAGUAUGGUAAAUACACCUCUGAGGCAUUGGCCGCCGCCUGGUCAGCCAUUAAUAAUGACUCCCUGUCUGUGCACAUGGCUUCUCUAAUCUACAAGAUUCCCAAGUCUACCUUAUAUGAUCGGGUCAAUAACAGAAAUGUCUUUCACCUCGGUGGGAAGCCCAAUGCCCAAAAGACAAAGUUCAUUGACCCAGACACAGAGAGACAGAUGGUUGAACACAUCAGAUUGCUCAAAUCAACCGGGUACAAAAUUUCCAAAAAUGAAAUUUUGUCACUGGCCACAAAAUUGUCCAACGCCACUGGUCACCUGGUGAAAAAUAAAAAGCUUACUCGAGGCUGGCUUGGCAGUUUUAUGGAGAGAUGGCCAAACCUACGUUCACAAUUGCAGCAGACUGAAGGAAUGGAGAGACCUCCAAAUGUCACAGCUUAUUACGACAGGCUCAAGUUUCUCAUGAACACACGCAAUCAGUCAUUCCACAAAAAGCCUCAUUUAAUAUUUAACAUGGAUGAAAUAGCUGUUACCACAGACAAACAUCAAAACCAAGAUCAGUUAGUGCCACAUGUGAAAAGUCGAGCCGACGUGAAACCAAAUGACGAUGUGUUGUUUAGUGUUAUCAUCUGUGGCAGUGCAUUAGGCCAUGUCCUUUCUCCCUUCUUCAUCUUCAGAAACACUAAGCCUAAAGGAAAAAUAAAUGAUGAUAUUUUCUUAACAACUUCAGCUACCGGCCUCAUGGAUGGUUCCAUGUUUGCUACUUUCCUUGAGGACCAUUUUAUAGAACACAUCUGCAUUGGUUUACCAGACCGAGUUCUUCUCCUGCAUGAGCAGGGUGCAGAAUACAUGGAUGAAAAAUGUACAGAAUGGGCAAGGGAACGAAGGGUCAUUCUUUUUCCUUACCCUCCUCAUGUCUAUUUCUCUAGUCAGCCUCUUAAGUUUGGGUGUGUUGAGGCUAUCAAUAUCACAUUCAACAAAGCCUGGUCACAACAAAAUAGUCAGAAGGACAUUAAAUUCCUGUUUCAGCUCAUGCUGAACAUUCUUGAGAAAUCUGUCAGUGUCCAAGCUUUGAGAGAUAUGUUUGAAAGAGCAGGAAUCUUCCCUUAUGACACAUCAAAAUUAACUAAGGAGCAUCUUCUGCCAUGUACAUAUCAAUCUGAGUCUAGGGAUUCAGAAUUGGGGAAAAGAUCUUUGGUAAAGAGAAAGAAAAGGAAAAUGUAUGAAGUAGUGCAGGAUCAUUGUUGUGUUUGUUUGAAAUCUGAACCACCCUCAAGUUCUGGUUUUUGUCCCGAGGAAAGCCUUUUAUUUUGGGGUCAGUGUUCCAGGUGUGACCACUGGGUCCACUUAAAAUACUGCUCUCCAGUAAGAGCACUACAUGCUAAAAGUGUAUUUUUAUGUACACAUUGUACAGGUAUUUAAAAAUUAAUAUAUUCACUAAUAAAAAUGACUUGGCACUUAGUGGAUGGAGUGCACCUAAAUUAAAUUCUUGGAAGAUUAAUUCUUUCUUUUUUUUUUGUUGUUGUUCCUUUUAUAUUUGAGGGCCCGCGAUCACUUUAUUGAUCAUUUCUGGCUCCUGGUUUGAAUUCAGAGUUUGCAUUCUCUUAGAUGAGUUGCCGUCCAAGGCCAACGAGUCCCAUCCAACCUGGGUGCAUGGAUGUUGGCUUUGGUGGGGACUGAACUCCAGAAGUGAGCUAUGGUUUGAGCCAGUUAAGACCACUUGGCCACCCAGCACCCAAUGCUUUAUUGGUCCAUUGUUGAUUGGUUCUAGCCAACACAUUCAAUGUUUUUUAAACCUAAAAUAUACUCUAACAUAGUUUGAGCAUUAAAUAUAGGCCUACAUUUUUAACCCCAAAAAUGUUUCUUUUAUUUGUUAUAUAUAUAUAGCCAGCCAUCUUCAAAUACCAUUUGUGUGGAAAGUAUACAAUUGCAAACAUGCUUUUUUUUUCAAGCAUUUUACAAAAUUAAAAAGCAUUUUUACAAAGUUAUGUAAGUUUAAGAAAUAUCAAUUCAUUGGUUUAAAAUAUUUAUUUUAAAAAAAAAAUUAAAAAAUUAUUUGAUAUUAUUAGAGGUUAAGCCUUAGACUUGUCAAUUUAAUAAAAUAUUUAUUAUUUAAAAAAAGAAAUUCUUAACAAUAACGCGCAUUUACAAGGAUCCUACUAAGAUCACUAUUUUAAAUUGUUUUUAUUAAUUUUAUUUUAAAUUUGUCAAUUGUUUUUAUUGCUAUUAAUGAAAUAAUGACUUUUUUAAUUUAAGCCACACAUUUUAAAAUUAAUUUAACAUGCAUGCAAUUAGCAUCUUGCAUUUAUAUUAGUCAUGAUGGUUGAUAUUAUGUUUGCAGAGCACACUUUUCCCUGAUUUAAAACUAAUUUGUAUUUAACUACCGGUAUGCAUUUAUUUUUUACUAUACUUUGUCCAACAUUUCUAUAGUAGACUGGCUAAAUGGGAACAUUCCAGUUUGCAUAAAUUUAUAUGUUAUAAAUUAUAUAUUUUACAGUUUUAUGAUGAAAGCGCCUGUAAAUCUUUUGUAGACCAUAAUUUUUUAUAUUGAUAUUGUAUAGUAAAACGGUAUGUUGGUUAGCGGAGUUAAUUUUGUAACUGAACUUUGAGAAACACCUUGUAAAACCUACAACUACAAGUAUUGUCCACUUUUUUUUUAGUGGAUAAGAUAAUAGAUGGCAUUCUAAUUCUAUAUUGCAGUACUUUAUUAUACCCCCCUCCCCCCAAAUUUUUUUUAAAGAUUUAUUUUUUCAUAUUUUGUUUACACAGAAAAUUAGAAAAAUAACAGUCGGAAGAUACAACAAAUAUUCACCUGAAGACUUAAGGAGUGCCUAUGAAGCAAUCAAGUUUCAGUGUUUAUCUGUCAAUGCUGCGUCUGUGCAGUUUGGUAUUCCGAAGUCCACCCUUUAUGAUCGCCUCAAUGAGCGCAGUUCCUACAACUUAAGGGGGCGGCCAAACCGUUUAAAAUCCAAAAUUUUGGAUGAGCGCACCGAGCAGCAAAUGGUGGAACAUAUUCAACACAUGGAGUCAGUUGGUCAGCGGCUAAAUCAGUCAGGUAUCUUGGCAUUAGCCACCAAACUUGCUCAUUCUUCCGGCACGAUUGCAGAGGGUAGAAGCAUAAGUCGCAGCUGGUAUAAAGCAUUUCUUGGUAGAUGGCCAAACGUAAAGGACGUGCCUGACCCUAUACCCAAACCUCAACCAGAAAUACCUAAUUAUAAACAACCAAAAUCAAGAGAAGAGUUUUGCCUGGUCAUCAAAUCUGUCAUAGACAAGUUGAAGCUGCAUACAAAGCCUCACUUGAUUUAUAAAGUAGAUGAGUUUCUCAUAAAUGUUGACAAAAAAUCUUCAUCUUGUAUUCCGUAUGCAGAGUCAAGGUCUCAGGCUCUAGACACUACCACAGUUGUGUCUAGUGUGCUCCUGUGUGCCAAUGCCAUUGGAUUGAGCUUACCCCCUUAUUUUAUAACAAAAAAGAAAAAAAAGCUAAACUUUCUGUCUGGAGGAAUGGACGGCAGCUCUGUUAAAGCAUCGGAAACAGGCCUUGUGUCUACUUCCGUUUUAAAAGACUUUUUAAAGGAACACUUCCUGCCAAAUGCAGGAAAAAAAGAUGAGGACCAAGUUCUUCUACUGUACGGAGACCAGGCCAACAUAGUAACACCUGCCAUGGCUGAGAUGACUCGUGGCCUUGGAAUAGUACUUUAUACCCUACCAGAAUUCACUCAUUCAUGUAAAUUAGAUUAUUUUUAUCCAAUUAGACAUGCACUCAGGAAGACUUGUGCUGAUUUUCUUGAGGGCAGACAAAGCAUAACUUCUUCAGACUUGCCCCAUUUAAUGUAUUUAGCUAUAGUGAAGGCAAUGACAGUGAAGAACAUUAAAUCUUCAUUUCUCCGUGCAGGCAUCUACCCUGUAGAUGAAGCUAUUAAAGUUAAAGGAAUGAAAAACAGUAAAAAUUGUCCUGAUGCCGAGCCAGG